UAGUUUCUCGUUGAUGUUCAUUCCACAAGCAGUGAUAUUUUAACUUGAGACGAAGAAACCAUUUUAUUUCCAAAAAGACGAGAUAUGGUCCUGGGCAAACCGCUCACGUUGAAAAUGCCCGCGGCUGUUUGGGUACUCGUUGCCUGUGGCUUCACAUUAUUCCCGUGUCUUGCCGUCUCUUGUCCGAGUGGAGAGCGCUACUGUCCUGAACGUGAUGGCUGUGUUGUUGUUAGUCAGAACUGUUCAGAUGGUGAUAUUAAAACAUGUGUUAACAUGACUGUUUCUUGUUAUGAAAACGGAACGAAACAUUGUGUUAAUGCUUGGAAUUACACCUGUGGUAACAUCUCCUGUGAGUGGAAUAGAACAAAAUAUUGUCCAACUCAGAAAAAAUGUAUUGAUAAAGCAGAUCAUUGCUGUACUGAGAAAGAGGAAGCUUGCGUGGAUUUCAUGGAGGGCAUGAACUUUUUACGCAGCGAAAAGUUUAACUCCAUUUGCUCUCUCCUUGCUUCAAAUGAUCACAACUUCACAGCCAACUACACCAAGUUUAAAUACGAGAAUCUUGUAGAGAUGGAAGAGUGCGAUAAUGGGACUUACUUCUGUCCUUUGGUACUCCGCUGUAUUCCGAGAAAUCACAGUUGUGACCCUGAUGAAGUCUACGAAAAAAGCCCAGGUGAUGUUUUGAACGAGGAAUGUGGCGUAAAUGAGACGUUCUGUGGCCUCUACAAGCGCUGCAUCCCGUCAACAGAGCCGUGCUCUUAUAGAGCUCUUUUUAAUUGGUACAAAGUUGGAAAUAAAUCGGUUGGCCCGUUUUCUCGACCUUGCCCGGCGAAUCAGACAUUCUGCCUUCUCACGUUUGGUUGCACGGAAGAUUGUGACGAUGUGAUGGGUAAUAAGAGUUGUAAUGGAACAAUGAGGGAUAAGUUUUCUAAUGAGUCCAUGAGCUGUGGUAUGAAUGACAGUAAUUGCAAGUGGAAACUAACCAUGGAAAACUUCACCAAUAUCACCGACCCCACCGGUUCAGGUUGGCUUGAAACUUGCAAGUAUCGGAAAUUAAUGCAACAAGUUCAGUGGGAAAAGACGUGCGAAUGCAAACCACUGGCUAAGAAGUGCAAGAAAGAAAAGAAAUGUAACAAGAAGAAGUUAUGUGAUAUUAUGUGGGAAAAAAUGGAAUCUUGGAAUAUGUUCAUGAACGCAAGCAUGUGGCUGGAAGAUUGUGAUGUCAGUGUGAACGUGACUGAGAAAAUGCGCGAGUGUAACUCCACGAAAGAUGAUUGUGAAAUCGAUAAAUUGUGCAAGCCUUUGAGGGAGGGGAAGUACAAUAGCUCACAUGCAAACCAAACCAUUUCUGUCCGGGGUUGCAAAGUUGUGUUUAAUGAAACUGCCAUCAAAGCUUGUAAUAUUUCGUUCCUUUCAAGUUGUAAGAUCGAAGAUCUGUGUCCGAAAUAUCGUGAACUCGCUCUCAAUCACAGCAAAAGGUUGUUUCCAAAAAUUGUCAAUGGAUGUAAAGUUGAUUGGAAAGAAAUUGAGAAGUGUAACGUUACCUUUAAAAAUGAUUCUUGCGAGAUUCACACUUUGUGCAAGUCUUUAAUGCGGAAUUAUAACAACAGGUCUAUGAUCAACAAGACUGUUGAUGUUGACGGUUGCAAAGUCAUGUUUAACAUGAGCGUGAUUGAGACCUGUAAUAUCAUUUUUCCACCAUCUUGCAAAAUUGAAGAACUCUGUCCAAAGUAUCGCAAACUCGCCCUUAACAAUACAAAAAGAUCAUUUCCCAAGAUGGUCGAAGGAUGCAAAGUCAAAUGGGACGAACUGGAACAAUGUAAUAUUACAUUUAUGAACGACUCUUGCGAAUUGAGAGAGUUAUGUAAACCGCUUCGGAAGAAAAUUAAAAGUAUGCCUGAUAAGGGUUGGUCAAUGAUGAACAAAACCACCAAAGUUGAGAUGUGUAAUGUAACCUUGAACUACACUGUCCUUGAAGAGUGCAACAUCACAAUGAAAAAGAAUGAUUCUGACUGCAAAAUCAAGCAAUUGUGUAAAAAAAUAUUCAAAGACUUCAACAACUCCAUGAUGAACAAAACCAUCAAAGUUGAGAUGUGUAAUGUAACCUUGAACUACACUGUCCUUGAAAAGUGCAACAUCACAAUGAAAAAGAAUGAUUCUGACUGCAAAAUCAAGCAAUUGUGUAAAAAAAUAAUCAAAGACUUCAACAGCUCCAUGAUGAACAAAACCAUCAAAGUUGAGAUGUGUAAUGUAACCUUGAACUACGCUGUCCUUGAAGAGUGCAACAUCACGAUGAAAAAGAAUGAUUCUGACUGUAAAAUCAAGCAAUUGUGCAAAGAAAUAAUCAAAGAAGACUUCAACAGCUCCAUGAUAAACAAAACCAUCCAUGUUAAGAAAUGCAGAAUAAAAUUUGAUAAACGUGUUCUUGAUACUUGUAACAUCACCGUGGCGCCAGCAAACCAUCAACCAACAGUAGACAAACCUCGGAUUCGUAUUCACAACAUCCCUUACAACGUGACAACUUCCCCGAACAAAGGUAAACGCGUAGAGGAGAUGCUCUCGGCAGCCGGUGCUAGUGAUCUUGACAAAAAUAAGCUAGGAAUAGCAAUUGUACAGGCAAAGAACAGUAGCAUUGGAUCCUGGCAUUAUAAGUUACCUGGUGGAACAUGGAUCCAAAUAAUUAUUGACAACCCUGAGUAUGCUGACAAUUAUAAAGGAAAUGUCAAGGUUUUCGCGUUAAACUCCUCCUGUUAUCUAAAGUUUCAAAUGCACCGAGAUGACAUAUUGUGGAGGAAUGCAGAGGCGAAAAUAUCCGCCAGCAUCGUUUUUCUUCCAUGGGAUGGUACCGACGAUAGCACGAAUGGUUGGCGGAAUAUCACGAGACCUUCCGUUAGAACCUCCGCAUACGGUAAAAGGUCUGUGAUAGCAGAGGCGAGAAGGUUUGGGUGUGAUGGCAAUCUCGGUUCUCGAGGCCAAAACGAUGUCUGUGGGGUUUGUGGUGGAAAUGGUCUCUCUUGCUUUGGAUGUGAUAAUGUAAAGUACUCUGGAGCUAUUUUUGAUAAAUGCGGAAAUUGUACGGGCGGGACAACGAACGUCUCUUUCAACGCCAUGGUUGAUUGUGCAGGGGGAUGUGGCCUCUCAUUCAUCGACGAAUGUCGCGUGUGUCAAAGCAGAAAUUUCUACGUUAACUUCACUGACUGCACUGGAACAUGUCAUGGUAAUGCCACUAACAAUACUUGUGGUUAUUGCGUUGGGGGAUCAUCCGGGAGACAUGUGAUGUAUGGUAUGGACGCUUGCGGAGUGUGUAAUGGGACUAACACGACCUGCCAGGAUUGCGAUGGAGUGCCGAAUGGCGGGAAAGAACGAGAUUUUUGUGGUAAUUGUCUAUUGCCCGCUGAUCCUAAAUUUAACGGCGAAUGCGUGAAUUUAAAGAAGAUUGUUCCUAACAGCGGUCCCUCGAUGGGUGGAAUUAAAGUAAUCCUACGAGGGGCUGGUCUGAAAAACGUUUCUACAGUCAACUGUAAAAUCGUGAAUGUCGACAACAAAAAUGAGAGUGUGAUUCCCAGUCCCUCAGUUAAAAAGAACGGCAGCAAUUUUAUCGAGUUUAGAGCGCCCUCUCUGAAGUCUGGUAUCUACAACGUAUCAUGUGCUUUCGACUCUCAAGACAUAUGGCAUAUUGCGGAAGAAACAUACUUGGUCUACAACAAGUCAGAUAUAGUGUACACUUCAAUUAGUCCAGAAUAUACAAGCAUUAACAGUCCUGUGAAGGCGGUGAUUACUGGCAGCGGUUUCGUGAAUGCGUCCGACGUAGCGUGCGUCACGCGUGAUGGUCGUGUAUUCCGAGCAAAAUUCGAGAAUUCCACGCGUGUGCUGUGUUCAAUCCCAUCUAUAAAGAAUUCCGUGAGACUUCACCUUGGAAUUUCGUUCAGUCGCGCUGACCGUAAAAUUGGAGACAAUAAACUGAACUUUACGAUUUAUGCAAACGCACCCAACCCAACAAAUGCCAGAUUUUCGAAUGAUCUACGCGGUAUUCUUGUUCAAUUCGAUGUCCCAACAAGAUCGAAAAUACGCACAACUGAUUGCUUAACAUUCUUCCCACCUUCCAACGUUAGUUCGUUUGGUAGAAGAAGUAGAUGCGUAUUCCUGACUCCAGUCCUUAUGCUCAUCAUUUUAAGAUCUCGACCCAUUAUAGUGCCUAAUGAAACUGCAACGUUCAGACUUGAUUCCAUAACACAACGAAAUCAGAUGGUUAUCAAACAACCAGCAGAGGUUUAUAAAUAUCUUGAAAUCGGUCAACCAACCGAACCUGUUGUACCAACAGCUAUACUUUUUGGUACUGAUUUUCUUGGUCUCUGUGCAAGGCUUCGACUCAACGGUGAACUGUCCUACGGUGGUGGUGGUCGUCUUUUGACGUUCAUAUGGGGUGUGGACUGGGCCGACUCUGUGGACAGAGGAAGCCUCACAGCAAACCAGACAGCAAACAUCAACAGAACCAGAGCCUAUUUGAAAUCGUUGUCUGAUUUCACGGGCGAAUUCCGUGCUCCGAAUAAUUCAAUUGUUGCUGUUGGACCACAAUAUAACUUCACAUUACGUGUCAAAAAUUUCCUUGGCAAGAUCAGCAAUGAAGCAGCUUUCACCGUUCAACGCGAGGAUAAAUCUAUCCCAGGACUUGAUCUGGGUUCUAAGAGGAAAAUAGUGAGGGCUGCAUUGGAUAUCAUAUUGCAAGCAAACGUCAAGCUGUCGUCAUGUCUUCCUAAAGACUAUCAACCUAAAGUUUUGUUUUCUUGGGAGAUACAAGCUGUCGGUGUGAACCUGGAAGUUUCUGAUAAAUCGCGGUUGAAUAUUAAGAAAGGAACUUUGAAAGGAGGAAAUACCUACACACUAACUUUAACAGCCAGUAUGGAGUCGGAUAUCUCUUUAUCUGCAACAGCUACAAUUGAACUGGUCGUUAGGGCGAGUCCUCUGAAAGCUAUUAUUAAAGGUGGAAAUAGUUUAGUGGUUGGGGAAGAUGAUACCUUUAUUCUGGAUGGUUCACGUUCUCGAGACCCUGAUCUCUCCUCUGAAUCUCAAACGUACACAUGGCUGUGCUAUAAGAAUAAUGUUCCGUGUUUCCAGCCUGACCCUAAAAAUGCUAGAAGAAAAGAAAGAAUGGUUAUCCCGUCUACUGCGAAAACCAGCAUCAAUGUACCUCAACAAUUGGACACAAAUAGCAAGUACAAGUUUGUGUUGAAACUCACGAAAGGCAAGAGAAAGUCAGAAACAUUUAUUGAGGUGUACGUGAAAUCUGGCGCUCCACCCAAAGUUAUCAUUAAUCCAAUUACCACAGCCAAGAUUAAUCCAACCAAGAUUCUUGUCCUGGAGUCGCUCAUUGACACUAAAAAGACUGUAGAUGCAACUUGGAGUUGCGUUCAGGGCGAAGAAUAUGGUUUUAUUGAACUGAAUGCCCAAGGGGUUGCAUUAACAGCGCGUGACCGCAAAUUCAUUAAGAAAUCUUCGCAAGAUAAAGUUGUCGCCACCUCAGCGUUAGUCAUCAAUAAAAACAGACUCGAGGAAGGAGUCACAUACAAGUUCAUACUUAGGGUAGUCCACAGUGAUGCAUCGUCCUUUGCAGAUAUUGAAGUGACCACGAAUGCCGCUCCGUCCCAAGGUAUGUUGGAGAUCGAACCAUCUUCGGGAUAUGUCGGAAACACGUUUACGUUUGCUGCUAGCGAAGGUUGGGAAGACGACGCUGACGACCUGCCGUUGACGUUCCAGUUUGGUUAUUACGUCCAGGAUUCGGGGGAAGUACGUGAGGAAUUUCUUGGAACGCCAUCUGAGGAAAACAGAUUGGAUUUUGACCUGCUGCCUCCAGGAGAUCCAUCCAAAGACUACAAUCUGACAGUCUUCGUGAUAGUGACUGAUAUCUACGGUGCAGUAGCUACAAGGAAAGCGAACGUGAUUGUCAAACCAAUACCACUGGAUGUUACUGCCGUUAACAAGUUUUCAGGGGCAGUUGAGAGGGAAUUUGAAUCUGGUAACUUUGCAGGCGGGGCAGCGAAAGCCAGUGCAUUGUUUGUGGCCUUGUCAGAUGACAAUUCGAAUGGUACUAAUGUCACCACAGAAGUCGUGAGGAAAUUGAAAAAAAGUUUUACUAAUAAGGUUCUGAGUGAAGUAGAGACAGGAGGUGUUCAGGACAGAUCUGCACGACUUGUCGCACAGAAAUUGUUGGUGCGGAUGACCGUCAAUUGUAAACCACUCUGUGACCCAGUCAGAGUUGUACGUGUGUUGUUCAAAAUGGUGAGCGGGGAACAGUCCUCUCCCAAGAGACGGCGACGUGCCACCGUAACUAACAACUAUGACAGCAUCGAAGUUAAAACUGGAGAAGAAGUUUCAACUGUUCUUAAGAUCGCGGAAAACGUCAUCACCCCUGACGAUUACACAAAUAGCAGUUUGACGGCUAAGACAAGCUUUUUAUCAACAAUCAAGGCUCAAGAACCUUCGUUAUGCAAAGGCUUAGCUACGGGCGGCCCUGCUGAAAUAGCCUUGUCUAAUAUCACUGUUAUGAGAGCCGUCAGAGAUGCUUUAGGCUUGUACGCUAAUGUUGAAACGAAAUACAAGGAGAUAUCAACUUCAGAAUCACCUGAGUAUAUUCAACAAACAGUGACGUAUAGACUGGGAGAAACGUUAGAGGAACAAUAUGCAUCAUGGGCCUGUACAUCUGAUGAUACUUGCACUGGAACAUGCAUAGCAACUGCUCAGUUUAAAGAUGAUCUUUUGAUCCAGCACGAUCCAGCAGAUAAAAACAUAACUCGUCUUAGCAAUAUUGCUUCAAUACGUCUCUACAAUCCGAAAACUUUGGCUGAGAUUCCUGCCUCUAGUCUGGCAAAACCUGCCGUUCUUCGAUUCCCAAUCGAUCAUGCUGAGAUGUAUGAAAACUAUACAAAAGAAUGUCGCACGUGGAACGAAGUAGAAAAUGAAUGGAAGAUGUCUGGGUGCAGUGGGUACACGACCCUGAACGACAGUAUCAUUGAAUGCAAGUGUUCGCAGUUAGGUUAUAUUGCUGUGUUCCUGGGUGAACAGAAGACACAAACCACACCUGCCGUAACAACGUCGCCGUCAACCACAGAGCAAGCCGUGACUAUCGAGUUUGCAUUUGUUGCAAAUUACAGCCAAAUCAUCUCCAAUAAUACGACAAAACAAACCUUCAUUUCGCAUCUCCGACCUUUCCUUGCAAAACGUCUCAACAUUUCUCAAGCAAGAAUAACGAAUAUUAACGUCAGACCAGGAAGUAUCAUUGUCACAUUCACCGUUCUUCCCAGCAACAAUGCAAACGACCGUUCUGUCAAUUCUACAGUCCUCUACUUCAAGCAUUUGGUGAUGACUAAUAAUGUUAACCUCACUUUGCCGGGUUCCAACGUAACAAUACGAGUUGAUCCGAGCUCCUUUAAGAUCAUCACGACCUCACCAACAACUGUCGCUCCACCCCGAGAUGCCGACGAUGAUGACGAUGGUUUGAGCUCGGCUGAGAUAGCAAUAAUCGUUGUCGUGUGUGUGUUAGUCUUCAUCGCAAUAAUAACAGGCUUGAUUUAUUAUUUCUUACGUGUCAGACCAAAGAGAGCGGGAAAGAUUCCUCCCCACAGUUCCCGCAUGCAACUUAAUGAACAGCAACAGAACAAUAACGUAACUGAGAAAGAUUCUGGUGUUUUCAACAAACCCGUCGAUACAGAUGAAAAAGCAGUGUAAAGUCAGCCUCUUUAACACACAGGCUGAAGACGAACUCGAAGAAAACAGUAUUUUUAGUGAAGAACCUAUUUAGUUCAUUUAUCUUUGAACACGUAUGUGCAUGGAGUAGAAAAAUACAUUUUUGUAGAAUCGUAGUCUUGUAGAUCUUUACACAGAACUGUGUCAGUAGCACUAUUUCGCAUUUACAAAUGGACAAUAUCGACAUGUGAUUGGACAUAAGUUUGAUUUCUAGAAUGAAGUCUUAUUUUAACUCAAUAGCGAGAAGAAAAUAAUACCAGGACUGUUAGGGUUAAACACAAGCCAUUCUAUUUUGUACAUCCUGGUUGCUGAUUAUGACGUUUAUAUUAUAUAAAUGACGCUUUCUUUUUGAUGUAUGAAAAACCUACGCACCACCGGUGUUUUUGAAAAACACUGAGUUUUUGUAAUUAUCACUUGAAACAAUAUGACACUAGUUAUUUACACGUAUUUUGUGUGCUGCAUGUUUAUUUAUUGAUUAUGUGUUUGUGCAAUAAAUAUUUAUGAACACUUA